AUGUCAAGUGUUCGUCCGCUCAAAAUCCUAUCACAAGCCAUCGCAAAGACUUGUUCUAGACAUUACUCCUCACCAUCAACGAUGUCUACUUCAACCACCAAUACACAGUCACAAUUUUCCAGUUUCAAAAAUACACUUUCCCCUUUAAAGACCAAAUUUUAUUUAAGAAAAGAUGAAAUUGAAAUUAUGCAAUUACCAUCGGAGUUUUAUUUCACUUUAAAACAGAAGAUUAUGAAUGCACAGAAUCGUAUCUUCUUUGCAUCUUUAUAUCUUGGAAAAUCUGAGCAAGAAUUGAUAAAUUGUAUUGAUCAAACUAUGGAAAGGAAACCAAAUUUGAAAGUAUACUUUUUAUUGGAUGGACUUAGGGGUACUAGGGAGACACCACAUAACAACUCAUCUGCAUCUUUACUAACUACAUUAGUAGAUAAAUAUGGAGAAGAUAGAAUUAAUUGUAGACUCUAUAGGACUCCUGCAUUUCAUGGUUGGAAGAAAAAAUUUAUCCCCAAAAGAUUUAAUGAAGGGCUAGGUCUACAACAUAUGAAGAUUUAUGGAUUUGAUAAUGAAUUGAUACUUUCAGGAGCAAAUCUAUCCAAAGAUUAUUUUACAAAUAGACAAGAUCGAUAUUAUAUAUUCAAGAGUCUUCCUCUGACAAAUUAUUAUUUUAAAUUGCAUCAACUUAUUAGUUCACUCAGUUUUAAGAUUGAAGUCAUCCGAAACAGUGUCAAUCCAUUUGCUAAUUAUAAAUUAGUUUGGCCAAAGGAUAAUAUAGCUGUUGAUCCAACACGCUUGGGAAAUAAACAUAAAUUUCUUUCUGAAUCAGCAAAUGCUCUUGAACAAUUCCUGCAUACCGAUCAAAAUGUGGAUCAAAAGAUUAACAUUGAUAAACAAAAAGAUUAUCCAACAUUAGUUUAUCCAAUAUCUCAAUUUACUCCAUUAUUUAAAAAAUUCGAAGAUAGAUCUACUGAGAAAUCUAGUAUUCUAUCUAUUAUAUCCAAUAUUCAUAAUAAAACCCUUAAUUGGAUAUUCACUGCUGGUUACUUUAACAUGUUACCUUCAAUAAAACAUCAAUUAUUAAAGACACCUUCCGAAAAUAGUCGAAUCAUUACAGCAUCACAAUAUGCUAAUGGUUUUUUCGAAUCCAAGGGUGUUUCAUCAAAUCUUCCUAAAGCUUACCUUCACCUAUCUCACAAAUUCAUGAAAAGUUUAGUCUUAUACAACAAGACAAAUCAAAUCCAUUUGAUGGAAUGGCAAAACGGAAUUAUCACAAAACCAGAUGGCUGGUCAUACCAUGCUAAAGGGUUUUGGCUACUCGAUGAUACAAAACAAAUUAAACCCUUUCUAACAAUUAUUGGUUCAUCAAAUUAUACAAAAAGGGCAUAUUCCUUAGACCUAGAGUCAAAUGUUAUUAUUCUGACCAAGGAUGAAAGUUUAAGAAAAGAAAUACAAUCAGAAGUUGAUCAUCUAAUACAAGAUUGUCAUGAGGUCACGAUCAUGGACUUUAAUCAAGAUGAAGACAAACACGUAGGUAUUGGCGUCAAGAUAGCCACAAAACUAUUGAGUAAGAGGCUCUGA